CGGUGUGUUGUGGACUCGUGGUGCUGGCUGCCGCUGUUGAAGCGGCCAGGAACGGGCGGUGGGGAGCGGGCAGAGCUGGCCCAGCCUCUGCCUGGCCGGCGCCGCAUUCGGCGCGGGCCGUGCCCGCCGCCGUCAACUGCUCUAAGCUCCUGCUGAGGCAGAGGGAGACGUCGGGGCCUUCAUCUGGAGGGAGCCUGCCGCACUAGCCCCUAGGAGGGGGCGUUGCCAUGGCGACAGCCUCUCCCGCAGCUGACGGGGGGCGGGGGCGGCCCUGGGAAGGAGGGCUGGUCGCCUGGCCCCCUGCCCCUCCCCUUACUCUCCCCUGGACUUGGAUGGGCCCGAGUUGGGGGCAACAUCCUGGGCAUUGGGGCUUUCCAGCUCUCACAGAACCUUCGCCAUCCCCAGCUGCCAGUCUUGGCAUCUUCGAAGUAAGAAGAGUUUUAGAUGCUUCUGGAUGUUCAAUGCUAGCACCUUUACAGACUGGAGCAGCUCGAUUUUCUUCAUAUUUACUUUCAAGAGCAAGAAAAGUGCUGGGCUCCCACUUAUUUUCUCCCUGUGGUGUUCCGGAGUUCUGCUCCAUAUCCACCAGAAAGCUGGCGGCCCACGGCUUUGGCGCAUCCAUGGCGGCAAUGGUGUCCUUCCCUCCCCAGAGGUAUCACUACUUUUUAGUGCUGGACUUUGAGGCCACGUGUGACAAGCCACAGAUUCAUCCUCAGGAAAUCAUUGAGUUCCCCAUCCUGAAGCUCAAUGGUCGGACCAUGGAGAUUGAGUCUACCUUUCACAUGUAUGUCCAGCCUGUAGUCCAUCCACAGCUUACCCCCUUCUGUACAGAGCUCACUGGGAUUAUUCAAGCCAUGGUGGAUGGCCAGCCAAGCCUGCAGCAAGUGCUAGAGAGGGUCGAUGAGUGGAUGGCAAAGGAAGGCCUCUUAGACCCAAACGUCAAGUCAAUUUUUGUCACCUGUGGAGACUGGGACUUGAAAGUCAUGCUCCCAGGCCAGUGCCAGUACUUGGGCUUGCCAGUGGCGGAUUACUUCAAGCAGUGGAUUAAUCUGAAAAAGGCUUACAGCUUCGCCAUGGGCUGCUGGCCCAAGAACGGACUUCUAGACAUGAACAAGGGCCUCAGCCUGCAGCACAUAGGCCGGCCCCACAGCGGCAUUGGUCAGUCCCUCUGCAUAUCCCCCUGGCAGCUCGGACCCAGAAGACUGCCUCAGGAGAGCCCCUUAGGGCCAGAAUCAUGUGAAGGCUUGGUUGGACAGAUGUGACUACCAGAUGACUGCAAGAACAUUGCCAACAUCAUGAAGACACUCGCAUAUCGAGGCUUCAUCUUCAAGCAGACAUCAAAGCCAUUCUGAUUGGCCGAGUAUGGGAUGGGGCAGGACAGGGUAGCUGCUUGGCCCAGCCCAGAAUCAUCCUCUCCCUCACCAGAGGGGAAAAGGGAGAGUGGCACAACCCUGCGCCUAGUGUCCCCCAGCUGCCCUAUGGAUUUGUGUCCAGGGCAAGGGCUGGACCACCUGGUCCCUCGGGAGCAGACACUUUGUGUCCUCCGCCCCUCAAUUUCAGCCCAGUAUUAGCCCCUUCCAUGUGGGCCUGGGCUAGGGGGACCCAGGCACUCAACUGCCUCCUCCCUGGUACACAGGCUUCUGCUGGGGCCACCAAACCCCCUGUGCCCCUUCCCAUCCAUAGUGCAUGGUGUGUGGUGCCCCCAGGGCUCCAAGACAGAUCAGGUCCCACCUUGUGUCUACCCCCAGCCCUGCUGUGAACGUGCCACUGAAUAAAGUUGGGGAAAUGAG